AUGCACACUUGGUCAAGUUUGAAAUCAAAGCCCAGAAAACGGACUUCGGCUGAGAGGAUGCGUGCAGUCUGGAUAUUUCUCCUGUUCAUUGAGGAGGGAUUUGCUCUCGCACAAAAGACAAAAGAUGGAGGUGCAGGAUCAAAAGGGGUCAAACCCUCCCAGCGGCCGCAGCAAUCUCGUCACUGUGGAAAAUGGGUACGAAACACAGAUGGUGGCACCUUCAGCUCCCCAAACUACCCAAAUACGUACCCUCCCAAUAAGGAGUGCCUGUACGUACUGGAAGCCCUGCCCCGCCAGAGGAUAGAGCUGCUGUUUGAUGAGACCUUCUACAUCGAGGCCUCAUUUGAGUGUCGUUUCGACCACAUCGAGGUGCGGGACGGCCCCUUCAGCUUCUCGCCACUCAUCAAUCGCUUCUGUGGCUCGGCCAGUCCGGGACUCGUCCUCUCCAGUGGACGCUUCAUGUGGAUCCGCUUCUUCAGUGAUGAAGAGUUGGAGGGGAUUGGCUUUCAGGUCCAGUACAGCUUUACUGCAGACCCUGAAUUUCAUCUGCAUGUGGGGGGACUCUUAAACCCCAUCCCAGAGUGUCAGUUUGAGCUGUCCGGGGCUGACGGCCUGAUCCGCUCUAGUCAGGUGGAGGAGGAGUUUAAAGUGAAGCCAGACCAGGCUGUGGACUGCAUCUGGACUAUACGAGCACCAACAAACAACAGGAUUUACUUGCGAUUCUUGGAAUACCAGAUGGAAAACUCAAAUGAAUGUAAGAAGAACUUUGUGGCUGUUUAUGAUGGCAGCAAUGCCAUCGAGGACCUGAAGGCCAAGUUUUGUAGUACAGUAGCUAAUGACAUCAUGCUGGACACUGGCGUGGGAGUGGUGAGGAUGUGGGCCGACGAGUCAAGCCGUCUCAGCCGUUUCCGGAUGCUGUUCACCUCUUUUGCCGACCCACCUUGUGCAGGCAACGCGUUUUUCUGCCACAGCAACAUGUGCAUCAACACUUCUCUAGUGUGCAACGGCAUCCAAAACUGUGUCUUUCCCUGGGAUGAAAGCAACUGUAAAGAGAAAAAGAGCAAAGGUGUUUUUCACCAGAUCACAAAGACUCAUGGGACAGUAAUCUGUGUGUCUACGGGGGUGGUGCUGCUGCUCCUCAUCGUCUCCAUUCUGGUGCAAGUCAAACAGCCACGAAAAAAGGUUUUGGUACGAAAGAAUAACCUGUUCCAACGGGGCGACUUCCAAGAGGUGUUUGACCCUCCGCAUUAUGAACUCUUUACUCUCAGAGACAAGGAGAUGUCUGGGGACCUUGGGGAGUUAUCAGAGGAGCUCCAGUCCCUGCAGGCGCUCAGAAGGUCCUCAUCAGGCUCACGCUGCAUUCAUGAACACCACUGUGGCUCCCAGGUUUCUGUCAACUCCAUCAAAGCCAGUAAAGGUGCAGACUGCAUGGGCAGGGGAUCCCUGGAGCUUCCCCCUUUUAGAGGAGACUUCCAGAGUACCUUACCUCCCCUCAGGGAUUUGAACAGCAGCCUGCGGAAGAAGAGCUGGCCUAGUAUGAAACCAGGCCGAAUGCAGGGACAUCACGGUAUGGGGGAUAGAGCGCUGGGGAGGCAGGAUAGAGUGAUGGAAGAGGACGAAGAGGAGGAGGAAGAUGGAAGGUAUGAUGUGUAUGUACGCAGAGCAGGAAGCCGAAGAGGGAACUUUGAAAUGGCCCAGCAAAGAUCCUUGUCCAUGGACUUCUGA